AUGCCUUUAUCUUCUUGGAAGACCUUCGUUAGUGCUCUGGCUCUGGCCAGUUCCGCGACGGCCUGCGCCCACCACAAUGAUGGUGAGGUCGUACCCGAACAUGAACGUGCCGAACUGCUCAAGAAGUGGGAUCAGGAGUGGUCCUUCUCCGGAAUUGCCAGCUUCGCCCACUUGAAGCCCGUUAAAUGUCUGAUCGAGCCCGAUGAGCACUACGAUGUCGCCAUUAUCGGCGCACCCUUCGACACAGCCGUCAGCUACCGACCAGGCGCUCGAUUCGGCCCACGCGCCAUCCGCGCCGCCAGUGCCCGUCAAAUGGCCCCAACUAGCUACAACACUCGUGCCGGAAUCAACCCCUACAAGUCAUGGGCUAAGAUCACUGACUGCGGCGACAUCCCCAUCACACCAUUCGACAACGGGCUCGCCGAGCGACAGAUGUACGAGGCGUUCCUGGAGCUGGGAUCUCGUAAGAUCGUGAACAAGGCGCCCAAGGAUACCGGAAUUGGCGCCAGCCACCCGAAGCUGGUCACGCUGGGCGGUGAUCACAGCGUGGCGCUGCCUGCGCUGCGCGCUCUCUACCAGAUCUACCAGAAGCCCAUCACGGUGCUGCACUUCGAUGCGCACCUGGACACCUGGAACCCGGUGCGGUACAGUGCGUACUGGCAAAGCGAGCAGACGCAGUUCAACCACGGCAGUUUCUUCCACAAGGCCAGUCGCGAGGGUUUGAUCUGUAACGCUACUUCUGCGCAUGCCGGUCUGCGCACUAGACUUACUGGUGUUGAUGCUGGUGAUUACACAAACCCCGGACCUGAGCAGGGUUUCAUUCGCAUUCAUGCGGAUGACAUUGAUGAGCUUGGUCCUAUGGGCGUUGUUGAGACGAUCAUUGCACGCACCGGUCUUGAUCCCGAGCAGCCUGUUUAUCUAUCUGUUGAUAUCGAUGUGCUAGAUCCUUCUACUGCCCCUGGUACCGGUACUCCUGAGCCUGGUGGCUGGACUACGCGCGAGUUCAUUCGCAUUCUGCGCGGUCUGGAGAAGCUGAACAUUGUGGGCGCGGAUAUUGUGGAGGUUUCGCCCGCUUACGAUAACAAGGGCGAGACUACUGCUCUUGCUGCUGCCCAGGUUGCUUUCGAGAUUAUUACUAGCAUUGUCAAGGCUGGUGUCGAUGAGGAGCUUGGCGGUUGGUAUGGGUGGAUGGAGCAGAUUGAGGCCCAGGAAGCGGCGCAGAAGGAGGCUAAGGACGAGCUUUGA